AAUAUCAAUAUGGCCGCAAAAUGUUGAUUUUCACACUUUCUUGGAGAUAAUAAUAUUUGCAUGGCCAAGUGACACUGUUAUACAACAUCGUGGACAUACAUUUGUGACAAAAAUGCCGAAGGGUGGGGACAUGGACGUCAACCGGAUGUCGUCACGGGACAAGACUGUGAUGAGCUAUAACCCUAACAACUCGGGCUUGAUCAGCUAUGAAGACUUACUCAUAGCCCAGUACUUGGAGGAAAUGAAGAAAUCAAAGUCUGAAGUCAAGAAAGACAGAGAGGUUCCAGCUUCGCCAUACCUCCAGCGGUUUCCCCCAACUCCCAGCACCACAACGUACCACAGUCGAUCACGGAGACGUCCAGCUUCAGCUGUCAAUAUGCGCAACAAACAACGAUCUGAAAAACCAAAGAUAGAUGCCAAGUUCAUUGCUGAUCCCAGCUUGUGGGAUCCAGAAACACCCCGUGAGAAGAGUGUGAAGUACUUCCGCCGACCUGCCAGCGCCCCGGUCAGGAGAGUCAGCCGUCCAGUGUCAGGCGCCUCGUCUCGCUGCUCGUACAGAUACACCGCCGGCAGACCAUCAUCAGGGAAACGACCCAGAGGUCUCUACCGACGCCAACCACACACUAUACGAGUUGUAGCAUUCAAAAAUGGAACAAGGGACAGUUUUGUCCGAGCUACAGCACCAAACAUCAAGAUGCUGUUGGAGUUCCUCACAGUCAAGCUGGGUCUGCCGUUUGCUGCCCGGAGGAUCUUCCUGGAGGAUGGCAUCGAGGUGUUUGAGGCGGGGGACAUCCUCCCUGAUUCCGAUGUCUACAUCUCGAUGGGGGAAAACUACAAGGAUCCACAUCUCCCCACCAAACGGAAUCUGAUCCAGAGGGAGGGCGCCGUGUGGACGCUGUCCGGCAUCAUGCUCCCGGAGGAGGGCAGAAAGAAGAGGACCCGAUCAUGUCUGUCCAGGAGAAUGAAGACUCUGAUUGAACAGAAGAAAGUGAGAAUCCUGGUUUAUCGGAACGGGCGGAGUAAAGAACCCAUGGAGAUAGUGGCCAACUUGUCAAACACAGAGGAGUUCCUUGUUGCCUGCACGGCCAAGCUGGACCUCCGAAGUCACGCUCGGAUCCUGUAUGACUGGGAGGGCAAUGAGAUAACCGAUCUGUCUGCAACCCCUAUUCUGGAUGACUGUCUCCAGCAGGGAGGGACCGCUGUCAUGGGGCCACUCUGGGUCUCGUUGGGGGAGGGCUUCAGCCCCACUGGCACCGCCGACUUCAUUGCCAGCAUCAAGCACAUCGUCAAGUCUCGGCUGAAGGAGGUGAAGAAGUACAAGACAGAGAUUAAUUACGCAAUGAGUGACGAAGACAAGCACAAAGUGACAGUUGCUUCUAUCUUGUCUCUCACUACUGAUCAAAUCUAUGAAGCCUUGGAUAGCGCUGAUGAGGAUAUUGACAAGCUGACGAAAACACUGUCGAGGCUGAAGGUAAAGCUGGAUGCCCUGGAGGCUGAGCGGGAGAAGGAGGGGUCUAUGGGAGCGAUGUACAAGAUGUCGCACAUACAGGAACUGAACGUGGAUGACAGGCUUGUCGGCACCAAGGGACUCAAACUCAAGGUGUAUGAGAACGGCAUGUCGGAAGGGGCCCAGAACUUCUUCUUCAACCUGAGAGGUGCGCUGAAGGGGAUUGGACACGACCCUCCUAAACUAAUGGCCAGGUUGCUGGAUGAGCUGUCUACAGGGUACUGGUCGUCAGGAGGAGUCAACCCAAAACUGAAUGCUGUCGCCCAAAGGCUGUAUGACAAGUAUGGCCGCGAGAUCACUAACGUGUUGUCCCUGGAGACGGAACAGGAGGUGUGGGUGUCGUACGGGGAGGCCUACAUCUGCUCCUUCACCUACUGUGUGGAGGCUUUCUUUGACAAGGCCACCAAGCUGGAGGUCGAAGGCGCCACCCACGUUGUGCGUGAACAGCUGAUGCAGGAGGACACCCAGGCCAUGGACGAACACGGCCAGUGGGAUGCGACGAUUGGCUUCCCUGUGAUGUACGAGUCUGCGAUGGCUGAUUUGAUGAUGCAGGACCCAGACAAGAUCAAGUGGAUGACGGAGUGCGCCGAGGUUGAUGAACGAGGUUACUACCUGCUACAUAAGUCCGGCUACAUCAUCUGUAAGUUCAUGCCUCAGCUGUGUCUCGGGGUGUCGGACACGUCAGUGAAGGGACGUCUCUUUGACCGAGAUGCAGAGAUCGAGGGACAAGUUGUCACUCUGCAGAAGAAAAUGGCACAGAACCCCAACCAGAUGUGGAAGUUUACGACGGAUGCCACCAUUGCAUCUGUGGCCUAUCCUGACAAGGUGCUGACGUAUCUCGGCAACAAGUUCGGAGAUGAUGAGUCGUACACAGAGAAUUCUCCCGAGGGCUGCAAGCCUGGAGUCCGUGUUUAUCUCAUCGUGUCGGAACCCAGGUCCAGGAAGGAGGGAUCCUGUCAGAGGUUUGGUCUGAAGCAGGAGAAGUUUGACAACCUGGGCCAGUGGAAGUACACGCAGGCUGGCAACUCCGAGUGGCACAAGCUGGCGUAUUCCUGGCCCAUCACAGCCGACGGGGAGCUGAAUGAGAGGUAUGACUGGCCGAUGGAGGGCUACCUGAUGCCACAUGCCCCACCACUACACAAGUCAGACAAGAAGUCCGGACUAACAGGAGUGGCUCCACUGCGCCUGUGGGUGAUGAAGAAUGGCGAGAGAGAUAAAACACUGGCGGUACAGAUUGUUGGGCCCAGUUUGACAUCGGUGACGAAGGAGGCCCCUAAGAAGGAUGGCGGACGCAGCAGGAAGAAGGACACAUCGGUGAAUCAUGCUGACUCCGUGGACAUCGAUGUCACCAUUGGCGACCUGACCGUCCGGGAGCUGGAGUUUCUCAUGUUCCUGGAUCACUGUACGUCAUUUCUGGAUCUGCCGUUUGCUGCGCGCCGAAUGUUCGAUGAGACCGGCGUGGAACACUUCACCCUUCAGAGUCUGCAGCGAGAUCAGCUGGUGUUCGUCACAUGUGGGGAGCAAUGGAGCGACCCGAAACUGAACAAGACAGAGCAACAGCGACGCUUCCUUCUGUCACAGCUCUCCACCGAUGUGGCCAAGAUUCGCCAGUUUGUUUCCCUGAGGGAUCCUCAAGGUUUUGUGAUGGAGAUGGAAGGUGGCCUGACUCCCAAUGCCAAAAUUGUUGUGAACAAAUGUUGGUCACGGGAAGAGGAUGAAGCAGAGGAGAAUGCCAGGGAAGUUAAUGGAACAGCCAGACAGGAGGAAGAUCAGGAGGAGGAAGAUUUCACCACUGAACACCUCAACGCCCACCACCGAGCCCACUUGAAGUCAGAGAAACGCCUGGACACUCUCCGCUGGCCAUGGGAAAGACUGAUGAAUGUCGGCAACAGUUUUGAAGACAACGACCCAGAGGCUGUCAAGUAUUCCAACAAGGACCUGUACGAGAAAUAUCGACCACGCCCGUCGCCACGUGUUCCCCGGGACACGUUACAGCGGUUUGUGUACGAGGACGGCUUCGUUGCAUGUGCAGCCAAUCACAGCCUGGUGCUUGGCGUCCACGAACAAGAGGGCCGGGUUAUCGAUGUGUACCUGCAGAAGCGACGGCCGGAUGACAUCAACCAGCGCUGGGUCAUGAAGGAAAACGGUGAGAUUUGCUCCAAGUUCAACCAGCAGUUGGCGCUGACCAUCGCUAUGCCCAACGUCCAUGGCGACAACCGUCCCUUGACCUUCACAGGGUGUGCAGUCACGCUCCAGGCUCGCCGACUCAACCAGUACGGCAAGGCUCACCAGCGGUGGCGUUAUGAUGCAGAGACAGGCUUUAUAUACGCCUUCUACGCUGAUCAGUACGAUAAAGAGAUAACGGCUGCCAACAGGGCUGACGUCUGCACAUCUUCCGUAUCCCAUGCUGCCGUCAUUGAUCAACCGGGCUACAUUGCGGAGGUACAUGACAGGAAGAACCGAGACAUUCGGGUGUGUCUGUCUUGUGCCAGGGCCAUGAGAGGGCGCUUCAAGCUGCAGAGACUGCCCAACAACAAACCAUUCCGCCAGAUAUGCGAUAUGAUCGUCCUGAGGGUCCCAUCAUUACCAACACUCAGCCAGGCGUCGCGACACCCAGGGCAGCUCAAGCUGCUCGUGUACAAGAAUGGAGAAGGCAGGAUGAGGGCAGGCGAGAAGGUCUACGGAUCCAGCAUACAGGGGGUACUGAACCAGUGCACCCACCAGCUUGGGCUGAGCAAGCCAGCAACACGGCUCUACACAGAGGAUGGAGUGCUCAUCCUUGACAUGGACGACCUGGUUGACUGGGCCGUGGAGAACUACAAGGCUGUCAUGGCCGACCGUAUUGAGAAGAUUGUCAUGAUGGAGAACAGCGACAGUGAGCAGUCAGUGAACCUGAUCCAUGAGGGUGGAGACAACAGGAUGGCACUCCAGGACCAGGCCUCCCAGGAGGUCCACUCCCAGCUCACUCGGGCCAUGCACAACAUGGAGCAGUUUGAUGAGGACGAGCGUGGUGGUGGAGAUGUGGAGGAGAGAGGGGCAGGAGACGUUGCUGAGGAACACAGUGUUCGGGAGGAGAAGACAGUCAUUCCCCUGUUGUGUCACAGAACUGGACUCCCAGGAGAGGAGGGAAAAAGGAAGUUGGAGCCGAGGAAGAGGGAGGAGCUGCUCAGUGGGUUGGUUGGGUGCCACUGCCAGCUUGAGACCAUUCUCAGAUACCCCAUCGAGCUGUGGGUCUCCGGUGGCAAGAACUUCGUUCCUCCAGAAGUGGUUGAGUCUAAGGAUAUCAAUCGUAGGAAGAAGCGAGCCUUCCGUGGACAAGUGUCUCUCGAUCUGGACAUAGAGAAACAUGUGCUGCGUCAGAUGAAAGGUCGUCGUAUGGAGGAGUUGAACCCUGGGGAGUACAAGUCCACGCUCAGCACCUCCCAGCCUGUUGUCAUCCAGGGACAAUGGCAAGAGUUGACCCCCCAGGAGCAGGUUAAGCAUGACACGGUCCACAAACUGGAGACCCACCUGGGAGAGAUCAAGGCCAACCAGAGACUGGGACUGGCCAACGUCAACCUGAAGGGGAGAUUGUACCUCCAGCCCAACAUGAAACGAGUUCAAGUAUUCCCAAACGGCGAGAGUCUGGAGCGGGCGGUGUACAUCUGGGGGGAGACACUGGACCAACUCCUGGAGGCGGCCACCAGCAAACUGACACUAUGGAAGAAGGCCCAGAUGUUCUUCACUUCCGAUGGAAAGAUGAUUGAGACGUACGAGGACAUCGAGCGGGACCAGUUGCUGUGCGCCUCCACAGGGAAGGCCUUCAAGAAGCCGAGAGUCCAGAUGUUGGAUGUUGAGGUGAAGGCCAGUUGGGGGCGAGCACACGGAGCGUAUGGUCCAUCUGCCACAGAUGUCAGAGUUGACGCUAAGGGGAAUCCUAAAGUUGAUGUGGAUCCGUUUGGUCCUCCAGAGUUGGCAUUGCCCUUAGAAGCUCCCUAGUAGGGCAGAACGUGGAACCAGGGACGGAGCAGGCACACCUCUGCAGCAGCAACAGCAACAACAGCACAGGUGUUUGUGAAGGCUGCUUCGUAGCUCAUUAAUUCCAUGGAACAGCCAGAGGUGCUACAGUCUAUGCCAGAUUGAUGUGUAUAUUCUAGAAUUCUACUAGGAGGCAUAGCUUAAAAGAUAAAGAGAUACUUAGGUUGUAGAGAUCUGUGUGGAUUUGUUUUCACCUGCAAUUGUUAAAAUAUGCAACUUUCUUCAUUAUAUGCCCAAGUUUGAUCUGUAGAUAGUAGUUAUUUAAUACAAGGCUGAUGACAGUGCUGUAGAUAAGUUUCAGGAUAGACAUCAGAUAUCAGAUAGUGGUGUGUUGGGGCCACACAAGCUGCAGUUGUCAUAUACUGUAGUCUCAGCUCAAGUGAGCAUUUCUUGCCACAAGAAACCUGAUGGUAAUAUCCAGGUGAAUGACCCCCUGUUUUGUUCCAGUAAUAUCCUAAGCACUGAUGCCACAGCUUGGAAGCUAACCUUGGAGAUAAGUUGUCCCAUACUCCUCUUAGUUAUUCUCUCAGUAUGGUAUGUACACCCAUACCCAGUGACCAGCUUCUAAAGAAUUAUUUCCUCGCUUGGAGUUUCCUGCCCAUGGCCUUGACCUGUAGUUCAUCUGUCUCAUGCUAGUGGAGUGGCUGGUAGACUGUUGUCAAGUUAUAUAGCCAGCGCUUUCUAGUCAAUUGUACCCAGAUUUGAAUAUAUGAUAUAAUAUCACCUAUGUAGUUAUGUUAUAACUGAUGUUAUAUACCCAUGGGUGGGAGACAGUUACAUGUAACAUGUGCCUGGUAUUUCAUUGGUCAGCUGCUUAGUGAUCUCUAUAGAGGUUUUAUGUAUUUACUUGGAUUUUGCAGAAUCUUAUGUGAGAAAGUAUUUUUAUUGAGUGUGGUAACAGCACUGCUGCCUUGAUACUGGUUGUUGGUGAUUGUUGCCAUCUGUCUUGUAGCAGACUGGAACAAGACUGUGGUUUGUUGUGCCAGUAUAUGAACAGUAAGUAGAGAUGCUCUGUGGCAGAAUGUGGUGUUACAAGCAGACUGGGCAGAUACCAUAUAAACAGUGUACUUGCUUUAUGGUGGCUGUGCUUCACUUGGCCUGUACACAGUGCAUAUCAACUUCACCCACUCUAUUUCAAUAUCACAGGGUCCAUUUUACCACCAUGUUUAAGUACCAACAGGAAACAUUCUAGCUGGUACAUGAUAUAACAUAUUUCAUGAUUAUUUUGUAUUUAUAUUGUCAGUGUUGUACAUGUCCUACCAUUCUUCAUGUUUACCCGAGAUCUGUGUGACAGAAAUUGUUUUAAUGGUCUGUCCAGUUCCGUCCGUGUUAAAGAUUGUAUUUAUCUGUGAUAUGAUUUUGUUUACUUUACACCUAUAGGUUUAUAUAUUUAUGAAUUAACAUUGAUAGAAUAUACAAAUCAUCCACUUGUAGAUCAUCUACCCAUACUAACACGUCUGUGAUAUGAUCAUCUGUACUGUACAGAUAUCUGGUUAGUGUGUACACUACAUCUAGGGCUGUCUAACACACUUGCUGAUUGUAACUGUUUAACAUAUACAAGACACGUUUUACCAUUCUAUAGAAUAGCAUUUUAUUACUGUUUUUGCUGAGGUGUAUUGUAUUUUUAUAGAAAAAUAUUGAUUAUAUUCCAAUUACUUGUAAACAUUAUUGUACAGAAGACGUUUUCAAAGGAGCUUGUUUCAAAAGAUGAAGAACUUGCUAGAAUAAAAUUGAUUCUAAAUAUCA